AUGUUUAAUAAUGAUAUUGAUGAUGAAUUAAGAAAGAUUCAAAAUCUUUUAGAAAAUAGUUAUAUCUCUGAAGAAGAAUUUAAAAGAAGAAAAAAUGAAAUUUUAGGUGUUUCUGGUAAUAGUGGAAAUCCACCAACUGUUUCAACAACAACUACAACAACAAAUGACUAUAAUAGUACUUACAAUAAUAACUAUUAUUAUUCAACUCCAACAACCAAUACAUCAUACAGUUUAAGUACAAGUGAUAUGGAAGUUGAUGUACCAGUAAUUCCAAUUUUAAAUAGUGAAAGCACAUAUGAUUAUAAUGAUAAUAAUAAUUAUAAUAAUAAUAACAAUACACCAACCUAUUCAUAUACAAAUAAUAAUAAUUAUAAUAAUAAUAGAAAUAAUAAUAAUAAUAAUAAUAAUAAUAAUAAUAAUAAUAAUAAUAAUAAUAAUAAUAAUAGAAAUAAUAAUAGAAAUAAUAAUAAUAAUAAUAAUAAUAGAAAUAAUAAUAAUAAUAAAGAAAUAAAAUAUGAAGAACCAAGAAAAACAGCAUUUGCAGAUAUGUUUAUAACAAAUCUUAAAGAUGAAUAUGCAAAAAAAGCGGAAAAUGAAAGAAAUGCAAAAGAAAUAAAAAAUGAAGAACCAAGAAGAACAGCAUUUGCAGAUAUGUUUGAAAAGAAAAAGAGUGAUGAAGAUGUUUUAAUUAAAGCAAUGGAACAAAGUAUGGAUUUAAAAAUUGUAGAGGUUGAAGGUGGAGAAACUCAAUCACAUAUUAAAUUCCGAGCACUAAGUCCAAACCCAAAGAAAGUGUAUGUUGAUUUGAAAGGUUGGACUAAAGAAUCCUAUGGUAAUCGUAGUGAGCCAUCAGUGAAUACUGAUGAUUGGAAAUAUCAGAAAAUGAAACAACAAAACAUUUUAAGAAAUCGUUUGAUUUGGGAUAAUGUCAAUGGAUUGAAUGCAUCAGAAAACAAUUGUAAUAUAAAGUUGGUGGGGGGUUGCGAUAUUUCGUUCCCAAAAGAGAGUAAAGUUGAUGCGGUGGCCUCAAUCGUUGUGUUGGAGUACCCAAGUUGUAGAGUGGUUUAUGAGAGUUAUAAAAUGGUGAAAUUGACUGAACCCUACGUCGCAGGUUAUUUAGCAUUCAGAGAAGUGCCCCACUUUUUAGAUUUAUGGAAUGCCAUGAUAAAGAAAUUCCCGCAAUUCAAACCAGAUAUAAUGAUAUUGGACGGCAACGGUGUCAAUCAUCAACGUUCAGUUGGGGCUGCUACCCAUUUUGGUAUUAUCGCUAAUGUACCAACAAUUGGUGUCGCCAAGACUUUGUUGGUUGCAAAGGGUAUAACACCAGAGUUCAUUGAAGAGGGUUUAAGUAAAUCAAAUACUGUUGAAAUGAUCGAUAGAAAUGAUAAGAAUCGUAUCAUUGGCCAUGCUUUUCGUAAUAAUGAUGGUGACAUAAUUUACGUUUCACCAGGUCAUAAAAUGGAUGCUCAUACCAGUUUACAAUUGGUUCAUAAAUGUUUAACAACUCAAAUUGGUAAACAAGUAUUCCAUCGUCCAAUUCCUGAACCAACUUUCCAAGCUGAUCAUUUAUCACGUGUAUUUAUAAAAACAUUUUAUAGACAUUUUGAAACAAAAUAA